AUGUUACUGAGAUACGCUGGGCGCGGCUUCCUUCUGGCUCUUUGUUCUGAUGUUGCAUGGGUGUGGUUGCAGCUGUUUGCUUCUGGAAGAGAUCCCGGAGGCUCAGCGCCGAAGAAGAAUUUCUUCUCAUUCGAUUACUACCAGCAGUAUUUUGAUGUGGACACUGAUCAGGUAAUCUCGAUUUUGUAA